UUUAGCCGAGCUGUCAUUGGUUGAUAAAUCCGUCCUCGCUCAUUUUGGCCCCUCUCACGCAAUCUCUGACGCGCGGUCAACGGAAUAGGCUCCGGUCCCAGCCCCGGGUAUACCAUUAUACCUGUGUGAUCACUUUUUAUUUCAUCAACAUUUCAUACCUGGAUUUUCUUCUUAAGGUCCGCGUAUCGACUGACGGCAAACAUGACCAUUAGGACACUGAGAGAUUAUGGUCAGCACUACCGACCACGGAUGGCAUGCCUAAAAAAUGUGGAGGUGUUUGUGGUUGAGAUGCAGGAUCCUAAGAGUGGGGUGAAGGGUGCCGACCAGAAACUCAACGUAACCAUCAUCCCACACGUCAUCAACGGGCAGGACAUUUUAGCAUGGAUUGUCACCAAAAUGAAGGUUACCACAGAAGAGGCCCAGGCGUUUGGGACCAUGCUGGUGGCCUACGGGUACAUCUACCCCCUCCAGAACCACAGGAAGUUGGUCCUGGUCCCCGACAGCACCCUCUACCGCUUCCAGACCCCUUAUUUCUGGCCCAUGCAGAAGUGGCCCGCUGAGGACAUAGACUAUGCCAUCUACCUGGCCAGGAGAAACAUCCGGAAGAAGGGGAUGCUGGAGCCCUAUGAGCAGCAACACUACGACAAUCUCCACAAAUGGAUGAACCCCAAGUGGGAUUUCAUCGUGAUGCAGGCUACAGAACAGUACAAGGCUAGUAAAGAGAGGAAGAAGCCAGACAGAGUGGUGUUGGACUGUCAGGAGAGAGCCUACUGGAUAGUACACAGACCACCACGUCGGACACACAGUGCCAUGGACUACGGGCUGGACCGUCUCAUUGACCCCAAUGCAGAGGAGGUGUUAACCUUCGACAUGGUCAGGAGAACUAACAUUUUCCUUACACAAGCCUUAAUGAGGUCAGCUGUCAAAUCGUCUGUGUCCCUCACAGCCUUUGUCAAGUAUGUGACAACCCACCACAACCACGACCCGUUCCUGACCACCCCUGUCCCCAGCAACCCCUGGAUAACGGACAGUGAUGAGUUCUGGCAACUCAACUCAAGAAGUGUGGACAUCCCCACUAAGUUGAGUGUGGAACGUUGGGUCUUGAGCUUCUGGGAGCUGAUCAGUGACCCACGAGGCAGAGUCGACUUCAAGCUCUUCCUCAAGAAGGAGCACAGUGCGGAGAACAUGGCGUUCUACGAGGCAGCUGAGGAGAUGAGGUGGGGAGCAGCGUCUGCCAUUCCAGAGAAAUCCCAGUUCAUCUUCAACACCUUUCUGAAACCGGGAGCUCCUCGAUGGAUCAACAUUGAUGGUCGUACCAUGGGGCUGACAGUGAAGGGCCUGGUUGUUCCUCACCGAUACGUCCUCGACGCCGCCCAGACACACAUCUUCCUGCUCAUGAAGAAGGAUACCUUCUACCGUUACCUCAAGUCUCCGGUCCAUAAAGACAUGCAGAAGAGGGCUCUGGUCCCGGCGCCUCACGUCUUCACUGAUGCCCAGUUGGAGGCCAAUGUGAGGAAUCGUAACCCAGGCAUCAGCCCCAUCCUGCUGUGGCAGCAGGAGGAGGAGGAGAAGGCAGCAGCAGCUGCUGCUGCCAGGCCAAUUGACGUCAAAGCCAUGGUGGCCACCAACAAGCUGGACAGGAAGUAGAGAGCCCAGGGCAUCAUGGGAAAUGGAGUUUAAUACACACACUGUUGUUCAUCUAAUAUAUAUUUGGUUUCCAUGGAGAUGGUGUUACAUAGGACUACUUAAUGUCCUAAAUAAUGGACAUAUUAGUUAUUGUUUUAAUGGACAUAUUAGUUAUUGUUUUAAUGGAGAUAUUGGUUAUUGUUUUAAUGGAGAUAUUGGUAUUGUAUGGAAUCAUUUAUGUCCUCGACAACUGAUGUCAAGCCAGUACGGAUUGGUUGAUUGAGGGAAAUAAGCUAUUGGCUGUUGAGUACCUGUGUAGCGUUAAGGCCAGUUACUGUACUAAGAAUGAAUCUGCUGACCAGAUGAUAAAAAGCUACUUCAGUUCAGAUGGACAGGGACAGGGGACAGGACCGUCUGUAGGGGCCCUCUGCUGCACUGGAGACAUAUAUACACCUGGAAGAGCCACAAAUGGAACGUGAAGAGGAACAUGACUGUUAGAAGGAAAUGGAAGCCAGAGAUAGAUUACAGUUGUUACCAGUCUACAACUAGAUAGAUAAGUUGUUACCAGUCUACAACUAGAUAGAUUACAGUUGUUACCAGUCUACAACUAGAUUGAUAAGUUGUUACCAGUCUACAACUAGAUAGAUAAGUUGUUACCAGUCUGCAACUAGAUAGAUUACAGUUGUUACCAGUCUACAACUAGAUAGAUAACAGUUGUUACCAGUCUGCAACUAGAUAGAUAACAGUUGUUACCAGUCUACAACUAGAUAGAUUACAGUUGUUACCAGUCUACAACUAGAUAGAUUACAGUUGUUACCAGUCUGCAACUAGAUAGAUUACAGUUGUUACCAGUCUGCAACUAGAUAGAUUACAGUUGUUACCAGUCUGCAACUAGAUAGAUUACAGUUGUUACCAGUCUACAACUAGAUAGAUUACAGUUGUUACCAGUCUACAAAAUGUAUUUUAUAUUUGUAAGUCUCACAUGUCCCAUACCUCUGUAGGUGGUGUAUUGUUCAUAUGUAUUUUGCAUCAUUUGUCUGUCUGUCUGUUUCUACAACACUACUAUGUCAAAGCUGAACCUGUCUACACACUCCUGUCUGUCUGUCAGUGUAUAGAACAUGUUGCCUGUCUGUCUGUCAGUGUAUAGAACAUGUUGCCUGUCUGUCUGUCAGUGUAUAGAACAUGUUGCCUGUCUGUCUGUCAGUGUAUAGAACAUGUUGCCUGUCUGUCUGUCAGUGUAUAGAACAUGUUGCCUGUCUGUCUGUCAGUGUAUAGAACAUGUUGUCUGUCUGCAGGCCGACGUUUUGUUUCCCUCUACCUCUGUUCUGAUAAUCCGGUCUCCGACACAAUUAUUAUAAAAUAUGUAAUAAAACCAUAAUCCUUUUAUGAA